AAUAAACAUGUGGAGACGUUAGAUGACGGCCAGUUGCGUGCCUUGCUGGAUGAGGCAAUCACCUACAAGUGCCCCAAAGAUCGAGAGGGAAAAAGCAGUCUAUUUAAGGAGCUACUGGAGGAGGUGGAGCAGGACGAGGAGGCGUGCGAGGCGGCGGCGCGCAGCUGCGGCGCGCGGGGCGGGCGGCGCAACCGCGGCCGCCGCGAGCACCACUCGAGCCUGCAGGACCUGGUGGCCGCAAUGGCUGCGGAGCCGGCGCCCCGCAAGCGGCACCACCACCCCGCGCACGCCGGCUCCGCCAGCAGCGUGUCGGCGCGCACCCACCACGGCGGCAGCCUGCCGUCCGGCGUGGAUACAUCUUUCCUCCUGAGCGAGGAGCCGGCGCGCGGCGGCUACCUGGCCACGGUGCGCUGCGUGAACCCGCCGCCGCUCGCCGAGCGCCGCGUGUCCGCGAGCGACGCGAACGCGCCGCCCGACCUUGAACUUGUUACCAGACGGAGUAAGCCAAUGUUCCCGAUGACGUACACAGCACGGGCGACGCUCGAGAUCGGCAGCGGCAGCGUGUGCUCGGGCCGCGCGGUCACCACCACCACCGCGUCCAACCAGGUGCGUACCACCACUCUCCCGGCGCACCCCCGCAGCGAGCGCACCUCCCCCGCGCGCCCCGCCGCGCCCGCCGCCCCCGCCGCCCCCGCCGCGCGCGCCCCCGCCCCUCGGCCCCCCACCACACCGCCCCCCUGCACCCCGUGCGACAGGCAAACCAAACUGAUGAACGCUCUCACCCGCGACGCCCGUCCCCCCGACAGUGGUGGUAUCGCACGGUAUACGGACAAGGAGGCCGGUCCCGGUGGACAGCGUGAACCGCGCGGCUCCGACCUUAACGGAACGCAUAGAUACGAUUCCGAUAUAGAACAUAGACGAUGGACACACACUGUCGAACAGUGGUACGAAAGCUUGUCGCAGUAUACACAAUUACCGAUUCAUUCGUCUGAUGUAUUCUUUAAUUGUAAACGACAGACUGAUGUUGUGGCACAAAACGAGUUUGAAGACAAUUCAGAUAAUAAAAGUAUUACCAAUGUUACAGAAGCAGUUAUUUUUGAUAGUAGCCCUAAAUAUAUAGAUAAAGCUGUUGAUAAUUAUAAGAGGCAAAGUAAACCUGUUAAACAGAAUAGUAUAAUGAAUGUUAACCAAUGUGAUACAUAUAAUAGCAUUCCAUUAAAUGUGCUAGAAAACAAAAACAGGGUAUUAAGUGAUAGUUAUGAAAGUGAUAUUAGCCUAAGAAAAAUAUAUAGAGAUAGGGUGGGUAGUGACUUAGUUCCUCCAAAUUUGUCAAAUAUUGUUAACCCUAAAAAUAUUAGAAGUAUGACGAUAGCUAAGCCUAAGCCGUCAGAAGAUCUGGAAGUAGAAAAUGCAUCUAAGGCGUAUCGCCUUAAAAACAAUCCUCAAGGAAAUUCAACGUCGAAAAAAAUAUGCCUAGAAAGUGUUGCUCCACACACAGAAGGUUUAUUAGACGCUUUAGGCGGAGGUGAAGAACUGAAAUUAAAUGGAAAUGAAAAUGAAUUGUGCCCAGAGAAGUCCGUAGAAAAUUAUAAAGAGACUGAUUUUGAAUUAAUUCCAAAACUUAAUAAGAAAUACUUAGAAGAUGAGUCGCUCAAUAAGCAAGAAGAUAUUGAUACAGAUACACAGGUAGAUAGAGAAAUGUAUACCCUAGAUAGCCCUUUAAAUACCGUGGAAAUAUUAGAUUCUGUUAAUGUUGAAACAAUCACUAAUAACAAAGAGCAAAGCUCUUACUUAGUUCUAGAAAAUAAUCUUAUGGUUCAAUUGAAAACCGAGGACAAUGAACCAAUAUUGCUCGAUAAACUUCCAAACAAUUCCUACGUUUUUCUAACCUUUCCCGAGGAUCUUAUGAAAUCAGCUUUUAACAUAAAUAACAAUGCCGCUAAUAUAACGGAAAUAAAAAAUAAUGAAUCUGAUUGCAUAAAUAAUCAAAGCGACAAACGUACAAAGACAAUCAAGAAGAAAAAUAGGAAGAAUCAAAAGGAUAAAAGCGUUAAAAAGAAUGAAUCGUCUAACAAGAAUAAUCUAGAAUUAAUUCUAUAUAGCGAUUGUUCGAAAACAAGCCUUAACAAAAAUGGGGUGUCUAAUAACAAGACGAAGAAGGUUGACUCUGCUAUACCAUUUAGUUGCAUCACAACACCGGAGGUUGUGGCAAGUUGCAACACGACGUCCACCACACAAUCCACGGUCGCUGUCGAUCCGAAGCCCCGCAACGUGUUAACGACAACCACCUUCAGCGGGCUUCCGCUCGCGCGGCCCAACUACGGUUCCACCGCUUGUUCCUCCACCGACGACUAUAAGAAAUCUCUAGACGAAAACGGGAAUGCGGUACACGGAUUCAGUUCGCCUAUAUCAGGAUCUAGUCAACACAAGAAGCCGAGGAGGAAAAAGUCAUCGAAAAAUGAGACCGUCAUCAAGUCGCACCAGAUCGACGGUUACCAGGGUAACAAGGACCUGAACGAGUUGUUGCGUUUCAUCGAAUCGAACGCGGACGGCGCUCGGGCUCACAAAAUGGGGCGCAAGCACAAAGACGACUGCGACGACAAGGGCAAGAAGCGCUCCGCUGAGCGGCGCAAGGACAAGGGCGCCAAGAUCACGCGCGCCUCUUCGCUCGAGGAGCUCUCGCGCACCAAAUUGGAAGAUCUCACCGCCAAAGGCGCCCCCACCAAGCCGGAGCGCCGCUCUUGGGGCGACGACGCUCGCGCCGCCCUGCUGCUGCCCGACGACGAGCUGACCGACUUCCAGACGGUGACGAAGCGCCGCAAGCCGCGGCGGCGCGCCGACGAGCUGCCGCCCGCGCCGCGCCCUCGCCCCGCGCGUCGCGCCUCGCCCUCUGCGCCCUCCGCCCCGCCCUCCGACCGCUCCAACGACUCCAACGACGACAUGGACUCUGUGCACUCCCUGCCCGCGGACGCGCCCCAGUCGCGCCCCAAGCCCGCGCCGACCGCGUCGCCCGCUCCACCCGUCCCGCCGCCGCCGCCGCCCCCCGCCCCACCCGCUCCGCCGGCCAACCCUCCUCCGCACGCUUCGUACGCGGACAUCGCGCGCACACGACACAACAUCCCCGACUUGAUUGAAUCUUGCAACUUCUACGCGGAGGGCGACGGCGAACUGAAACAGGAGCCGUCGCCCCCCAACACCAAAGUCAACCCACCCGUCGCCGACACUCUCGAUUACCCGGCGUUGAAUGCGAGGCGGCCUCGGGACAAGCCUGCGACUCCUACGACGGCGCGUAAUCAGCGGAAAGAGCGAUCGGAAGCGAACAGACCAGCCGAUAUGCCGGCUCCAGACGUGGUUGCGGACCGGCGACCCCCUGUCAUCCUGCUCGACUCGGCGGCGAGGCCGCGGGACAUGGACGGCGUGACGUUUGGAUUCGACAUCAAUGAGCAGCUGCUGAGCGGGCCGUCGCGCCGACCGCGCUGCGACCUGCUGCGCGACGCGCCGGAGGGGCGCGGCGCGGGCGCGGGCGGGGGCGUGGGCGUGGGAGUGGGCGCGGGCGCGGGCGCGGGGGGCACAGGGGGCGCGGCGCGCGGCGGCGUGCCCGUGCGCGCCGCCUGCCUGGCGCUGCGCUACGUGCCCCCGGACCCGCCCGCUGACACCGCGCAUUUGCACCAGAUCAUCGACUAUGUUGGAACUGCAUGGGAGGACGUGGUGCGAUGCGGCGGUGGCAAGGUGCGCUACUUCAUCGAGUAGCCAGCUCCCCGAGUUGCAAAGAACCGGUCGAGCAGACAGUCUCGCGCGGCCAACAGACCACAGUGUAAAGUGUCACGUGCGAGUGAACAAUUCGUGCGCAAUGUACGGUCCCGUCUCGAAUAUGCGGAGCGGUUCCCGGAGUGCGUGUCCGCGUCUCAAAGUGCAGCUUCUCACGUGUAAUGGAGUACAGUGGACAGUGUGGAAAGCUGAAGUGAAUCUAGUGAAGUGAUCCUCUGUGCAAUAAGCGCUUCCGCUUUCGUGCGAUCGCGACGCGCCGCGAAACUUGCGACUUUGCUUCUAAUCCAAAAAUAUAUCAUAGUAUGGCGUCGCUGUGAGUACUUUUGUUUUUGCUUUGUAAAUAAGUGUAAGAGAUUCUAUUUCCUAGCUUGUUUGAAGCAUUUAAUUAUUUUCUUUUCUAUGUGUUCUGAAAUAUUGGAUAGGAACGUCGCCUUGGGGAGGGAAUGAAACAGGUGCUAAACCUCUGUUUACGAUGGCUGAAUUCAGCUCAUAUUGUGCUGGGUUAUUGUUAAUUUUGUUAUGAGAGGCAGACAUGCCCGAUGGACAUUUUCGUUUUAUUAAAAAGCAUGCUUAUGUUGUUUAUUUUGCUUGAUUUUUUGUUAUAUAAUCACAAUUACAUAUAGGUCUCUCUAACUAUAUUAGCUACUUGUAUCUUAUUUUGUUAUGUAUUUUUUAAGUUUUACUAUUUUAUACUAAAGUUUGGUUUAUAAAGUGUUAUAUACAAUACAAAUUAUAUAAUGCAAAAGAUUUAUUCACACUUUAAAUUGUAAGAGUUACACAAAUAAUGUACAACAACUUUAACUGUAUCUACAAAUUCCCCACUUUAGUAUUUGCUAAUAUUAUGUAUUCCCGAAGCAUUAAUUUUACUGUUUACUUAGGUACUAUUCCUAUAAAAUAUAUUUUUUUGAUGGGAGUCAUCAUAUAAAUACCAGGAUUUAUGGUUAUUGUACAACAUUGUGCUUAAAUGUAAUGUAAUGUUUGUGCAGCCUAAGGCGACAAGAAUUCCGCUUCAUUGACAAUUGUACACAAAGCUUGCAAAAAACUUAUAUUAUUUUACAUACAGAAAUUAAAGAUCAAAAACAAAGAUACUGCCUAUGUUUUCAAACUAUCUCUAUGAUGUCAAUGUUUUAACAUUACUUCUCAUUUUCUAUAAGAUGAAUUUGGGAUAUAAUAUAUUAAUAACUGGCAAAAUAGAUUUGUUUACAGUUCUACUGAAAAUUUAUUUUCAUUUAUUGUCAGUAGUAAUAAUAGACUUGUUACUGAUUAGUUAAUUUUUUAUCUAUUCAAAGCUAGUCGGAAAAUAUUUCAGUUUGUCGGAAGCAUUAUUUUUAUAAGUAUAGAUAUUAUUGAUUGCUAAAAAAUUGUUCAUGUAGUCGAAAGUGUAUGUCUAGUAAUUAAAUCGUGUUAAUAUGUGUCGUAAAAUAAAUUAUUAAUGUCUAUCGUAAGCAUAGAAUAAUACCUAAAUGUGAAAUUAUGUAAAUAAAGCUCAGUCAUUAAGAAGUUCCACAAAGGACUUUAAGUACAUCAUAUCUUGAUUUUACUUUCCUAUCAGUCCUAAGGUUAAUAUCCUGUUUGUCAUUGUAAAUGAGUGUGUAAUAAAAAGUUUUCAUACUAUAGUAUAUACAUUUCAUACUCUCAUAUUUCUGUGCAGACAUAAUUAAGAUUAGUUCUUCUAACACAAUCAUAGAACCGUUUUAAUAUGUGAUGAGCUGAUUUAAUAAUAAGCAUACCCAAUAACACCUGUUACCCUUCCCAUUUCUAAAUUAUAUGGAUUCUACAGUGAUUUUGAAAAUUAUGUUAGCAUAUUAUGUGUCAGCUCACAUUUCAAAAACACUUUAUAUAUGUUUAUAAAAUAAGACCUACACAAAGUAUUUGUUAUACUGUAUCUGUAUUCAUGUAAUUCGAACAUAAAUGAAGCAAGGCUAGCCGAAUUAAAUACAAGUUCAUUCACAACUAUAAAUAACAAACAUCUGAAUUGUAUAUUUACAUAGCUGUCAAAAAAUGUUGAGAUGACAACCAACAUAAACUGCCUUCCUUUUUGGAGUUGAAGUCUUGAUAUUAACUGAUAUUUAACAUCAUUAUUCAUAACUGUCCUUCAUUUUUUUUAAUCAUAUUCCAUAAUGUCAUUUGAUGAAAUUAAUCCAACAUUAUAGUAUCAAAAUUAUUUAAUAUUAUAGGCAUUGCAUGAGUUUCUUGCUUUUUUAAUUUAAUCAAUGUAAAUUGUCUGAGUUCUCGUAAUUAUUGUGAAUGGCAACAUUGCAUUAUUUCAUAAAUGUAUUUAUAUACUUGUGUGUUUAAUCGAUCUUUAGUAAUAUUAAUGGGAUAAUUCUAAAUUAAUUGGAACCAUGAUCUUUUAAAUUUAUAUAGCAAGUACACACACACACACACACACACAUUCAGUGUAUAUAACUAUCAUUAUUACAUUUGUAGACGAGCAUUUAAUAAAAAUAUAAAAAAAAACAAGACUAAGAAAAGAUGCACUUAAUUUUUGAAAAAGUUAUUACUUAAGUCAUUUGUAUAUGCUAGACUUUCUUGUAACUUUUGUAAGGGCUUUGAGAGUUUGGGAGUUGACCUCAUUUUUAUAAACAGGCAAAUUUCUUAAUUUGUAAUUAAUAUAAACUCACUUUGUGUAACAUACUUUGCUUUAUUGUCAAAGAUUUUCAUUGAUUUUAUGAACAGAAGCUCAUAUCAAAGGUAUAGAAAUAAAAAUAAUUUAUUAUUUCUUUUCCUUGUAAAAUAUGUAAAUAGAUAUGCUGAUAACUAUUUUAAUUUUUAUCAUACUAAGUAAUUGGUAUUAGUUAUUGUAGAAAAGGUCUCAGGGCUAGCUUUUUAAGAGCUCUGGCGGGUACUGCUUUAAAAAAAUUACCAAAAUUAAUAUGAUUUUAUGUAAAUUAUAUGAAAUGAAAUGAAAUCUUUUACAAAUUACACAAAACAAAAAAAUGACUAUAUUAUUCCCUCUUAUAAUAUUAUUUUUUGUUAUUAUUUUGUACUUAAAAUUUUUGUAUGGUAUAUAACAAAAUGUUAUGGAUUUUGUAGAAAAAUUAAACCAUUUUAUAUUGAAAAAAAUCUUCAAGUGUAACAAGAUUAAUGCCACACUACAGCUUCUUGAUAUGAUCUGUUUAACUUAUUUCUCAAUUAUAAGACACAAUUUAUGAAAAUGAAUAGUGAACAGUUUUCAUUGUUAAAUCAGAAAGGGAUGAAUGGUCCUAGACACCCUACUUCAGCAUAUCUAUCUUAAAAGCAUAACUCGCCAGCUCUUUUUAAAUUCCAUGAAAAUUUAUGGUCAUGUUUCAAAACAAAGCUUUUUUAUUUCCUAUGCUCUACUUCUCGAGAUCUAAAAUAAUUUGUGUUUAAAGAGGUUUAUAAAAAAUGUAUAAAAAUAAAAAAUUUUGAGCUCAUGUAUGUAUUUAUAUUCCCUUUGUAAGAAUGAGUGAUAUCGCUUGAGAGAAGCUAUGGGCGAAGUAUAAAUGUAUAAAACAAAAUAAUUAAACGGAAAUAAACUUUUGUUCGUCUCAAUCUCUUAGUUCAAUUAUAUGUAAAAAGUAUACUUACUGGGUGGAUAUCAUUCACAGAAAAAUUUUACCACCAAUAGUUAAAUUAUUGUACUCUACUCGGAGAUUGAGACAAUUAUUGAUGACAAACAUUUAUUUUAUAUCUUUGUAUGAAUAAUUUAACUGCUUAACACCUAACUUUACCGAUUCUAUAUUUUUACUCUGUUUCAUAGUUAUUAUAUCAUAUUUAAUGUUCGAACGAAGAAGAAACAUUUAUGUAUACCUAUUAUAUGUAUCAUAAAAGUAUUUGUUUUAUACAUACGUAAAAUACAAUAUCGCGUUAGCCUUGAAGUUACUAUAACUUUAAGAUAAAAACAGAGUAAAAGUUUAGUAACGUUUUUAAACUGUAAAUGAUUUAAUUAUAUAAACCAUGCUGUAACCAACUACAAUUUACAGUUAUGUACUUUUUCACUGUUUCCGUUUUCUUAAUAAAAAUGUUGAAAUGA